CUCACGUAGCGUCGUUGGCUUCCGGGUAGGCCUUUGCGCGCGGCUGGCGGUUGCGUGGUCCGUCGUCUCCCAUCUGUGCGCGAGGAUGAAGGAAGCGGUGGCCGGUGGUCCCGGCGCCACCCCCGUACCCGGCUUCCUGGCGAAGCUCUGGGCCCUGGUGGAGGACCCGGGCAGCAAUGAUGUGAUCGCCUGGGGCCGGGGUGGCCAGAGCUUUUGCAUUUUGAAUGAGCAGAGGUUUGCUAAAGAGCUACUUCCCAAAUACUUCAAACACAACAAUAUUUGCAGCUUCAUACGUCAGCUCAAUAUGUAUGGGUUCAGGAAAGUGAUUGCCUUGGAGAAUGGUAUGAUUACAGCAGAGAAGAAUGCAGCCAUUGAAUUCCAGCACCCUUUCUUUAAACAAGGGAAAGCAAACCUACUGGAAAACAUCAAACGAAAGGUGUCUGCAGUGAGAGCAGAGGAUCUCAGAGUCUGUUCGGAAGAUUUACAGAAAGUGCUUUCUGAAGUCCAGGAAAUGAGAGAGCAACAGAACAACAUGGAUGUCAGACUGGCUAGUAUGAGGAGGGAAAAUAAAGCCCUGUGGAAAGAAGUGGCUGUUCUAAGGCAGAAGCACAGCCAACAACAGAAGCUGUUGUCUAAGAUCCUUCAAUUUAUACUAAGUUUGAUGAGAGGAAACUACAUUGUGGGAGUCAAGAGAAAAAGAUCUCUAACAGAUGCGUCAGGCGCCUCACCUUCUAAAUUCAGCCGGCAGUAUAUUCACCUACCUGUGGAGCAUGGCAAUGCGGUGGCUAUUUCUGAACAUGAUCCAAACGGUGAAAAUGAUACAGGCAUCAUUAUUCAAGAUGUCACCAACACUGUGGAUGAUGCCACUGAUGAGCUGCUCACUCUAGUGCAUACAAGCGGAAGUGAUGGAGAGCUCCAGACCACUCAAGAACAUGAUCUGCCUGCCUAUGAAGCAUCACAGCCCAUUGAGUUAAGUCAUACAGAACCAGACUAUCCAGCCCAAGUUGCUGACAAUCCUUUCAAGUCCAGUGCAGUAGGAAAUCAUGCCGUAGAGCUGCAUUCCACACAGGUUAAUGCUCCUGAAGAUCCUGCAUCAGUGAUUGACUCCAUCUUGAAUGAGAGCAACUCCACAACUCAAAGCGAUGCUUUUCUGGAGAGGGAAGAGAUUCAGGAUUUUCUGAAUUGUAUUGAUGCCAGUCUUGAGGAGCUCCAGGCAAUGCUGUCUGGGAAGAAAUUUAACUUUGGCUCUGAAUCCUUUAGUGAUACUUUCAAUCCUGAGCUCCCAGCCCUGGACACGAACUUGACAGAUGCUUCAUCCAAUAUGGAAAAUAUUGAGGACUUGACGGACAGUGUUGAAGAGCUAAGAACAAGUGAGCGGGAAACAGGAAACAAAGCCAUCCUGGAACUGACUGGCACCUAUGACAUUGAAGGGACAUGGAAGAGUUCAAUCACCUUGCCAUGUGUCUAUGUGCCUUCCCAGGACUUUGUGCAGCAAACAGUCAUUUGGACCCUGGAACGAGAUCAAAGCCCUGCCACCAUCUUUCGAAGGGAUAGCUCUGAUGAUCACAUCCUGUUGUCACAGUACAGAGGUAGGGUCAGCGUGCCAAAUAGCAGGCCAGGCGAUGUGUCUCUUGAAAUUGAGAAGCUUGAAGUCUCAGACAGCGGACACUACACUUGCAAAGUCACCUGGAGAGCCCAGGACAAGAGCCUGCUAACAAGGGAGAGAACCACUAGAGUUAAUGUCGUUAAAGUUGCAGUGACUAAACCCAUCAUCAGACCAGGCGCUCUGGGAUUCACUGUACCAAAAGGGGCUCGGACAAGCCUGACCUGUUCUGUCAGUGGGUCCCCACCCAUCAUCUACCGAUGGUUCAAGGGAGAGCCAGGAGGAAACGCAGUACUUGUGAGCAAUCACGCCGUACUCAUGUUUGAGUCUCUGCAAACGUCUGACACGGGGAAAUAUUACUGUGAAGCAGAAAACAGAGCAAGCUCACAAGUCAUACGGCAGAGUGAUGCAGUGCAGCUGACUGUGAGGGGGUACCAGGGGACCAGCCUGCCCCUCUAUCUCAUCAUCCUGAUUGUCGUGCUCCCUGUGGCUGUGGUGUGUGUUGUCAUUGCGGUCGUCUUGUGUAAGAGAGAGACCAAGAAGGAUAAUCCGAAUGAAGUAACAUGUCCUAACUCCAAGAACCACACAAGAGGAGAGACUUAUUCAGGAGUCAAUGACAAGUGCACAUAUGAGGAAGCAAAAUCUAGAGGUGAAAACAACUAUACAUCACAGCCUGUGGAAAAGAAUGAAUAUGAGACUAUUGGCACAGUGAAAAACAAUGACUAUGCAACUCUUGUGAAAGCAACAGCAUCUGAAUAUGAACUGGGGGAUGUUCCAUAGAAAACCAGCAUUUACACACCAGCAGCAGUGCAGAAGGUAGGGCUGUAGAGCUUGAAUGGUGACCAUUCAUUAAGGGAAGCCCUUCAUCCUUUCCAUCUUCUCAUAAAAAUAUUAAGCUCCAUUGUUUAAUUGCUGAAGGGCAAUUGCAUCACCCUCUGGUUCUUCAUGGAAUCCAGUCUGCCCUAUUAGUUCUCAUGCAAGUUCUCAAGCACCUUCUAAGAUCAGCUUCCUGCUGUAAACUAUCCAGGAAUGAUACAAGGUGAAAAGUGUGCGUGUGUCUGUGUGUGUCUCUUGCUCUCUUUUUUUUUUUUUUUUCCCUCUCUUCCCCCCCGGGGUCUAAUGUUCAGCACAGACAAUGGAAGGUCCUUUAAUAAUGCAAGGAGAGUUCAGGAAAAAAAACCUGAGAGCAAGGCCAAAAUAAGAACUGCCUAGUAUUGAAGGGACCAGCGGAAAGGAACAAACUCUACAUCCGUAUCUUGCUCUGUAAUAGUUUUUAUACCAUACCUCUACUGCAAGAGGAAAUCUGUAUGUAUUCUGUAGUAAAGUUUGGCUGCUAGUAGCUAUCCAAUCGUAUAGUAUCUCAAAUUGCAACUUGGGACCUAUUCCUUCAGAGAGUCCCUUCCUUUUGUCUCCUGCUAGAAUUGCAUUUUUAACAUUUGGAAAAGAUGGAAGAUACUUUUUAAAAUGUCUGGGGCGAGGAGUGUUGGCAUCUCCCACUAUCAUUUUUUUUUCUGCUCCUUGCUUUGCCCUUAGGCUUUAAUAUAGGCAACAGUGUUUUCCUAUGCAAAAUGGUAUUUUUAGCAUGGAAUCAUAUGCUAACAACCAUCUCUUGCCACAGCUCUUAAGUGUUGUGUUAAUAAAAACUUUCCACUAACUUAAAACUAUUCCUGUAGCUGCCUCUCUUCCACCCACUCCUGUUCACAAACCCAUAUUCAGAUGUUGGGCCUGAUUCUGCCCUCAGUUUUAUCCGGGCACUCCCUGUUAGGGAAUUUGCAUAACUUUGGACAGAACUUUGUCCUUAGCGAAUGUCAUCUAUUCCUAAAUCCCUUCCUGAAGAUUAUAAUUACAAGACUAUAUUUUCGCCUGUAAAAAUGUGUUCAGUACCUUUUUAAAUCAGUUCACAUGUUGAAUAUUAAAAAAGCAAUGAUGGUGUUUCUUUCAAAAAUAUCUUUCCCCAGAGCACUGAAACAACCCUUCUGUAUUCUCCUUCUGGCCAUUCUCUGGGGUCAGCUAUAGAGAGAGACACAUUUAGCUCCUGCUAUAACCUAGCACUAUCCUAUUGAAUUCAAACAUGUAACUUGCUUGUCCAAGGGCUGGAUGUGGCCCAUAGUCUUUAAACCAACAAUAUCCUGUAGCUGCAGUGCUGAUGCAAAGCAGCUGGGGGCUAGCUAGAGACAGGCAAAGAACCAAUUCCAUGUUAUGAAAUUGCCAUUCUUUCCCAUCGAGCUACUCUGAAAUCACUUACUUGGUAUUGUUUGUAGUUAACUUGCAUUCCCAACUCUUGAAAUGCCCUGAACCAUGAAACUGCUUGCCUAAUUAAGAAGCCAAGGUACUUUCUUGAUAGCCCUAAACUGAACUGUUUCACAUAGUCCAGUGGUGACUGACUUGACACCAGAUGCAUCAUUUUCAAAUACAGUAAUUGCAGCUCCCACCUCUUUGAACCUGGCUUGUAGCUCCUCCUGUUGUCAAAGUCUUGAGUUAAGGGCGGAGACUGUUGUCCCUAGAGGGUGAUGUAGAGGGCUUUCCCUCAACCCUCUCACUUCCCUGGUUCUUGUCACACAGACAGCAAGUAGCAAAAGACCAGUAGUCCGAAGCACAAACAAUGCAAUGUUUAUUGGGGGUUAGUUUCCAAGCAAGCAUAUUCUGAAGCCCUUCACACCAGUCGGGCUUGUCUCUAUAUGCCGAUAGUCUGUUCCCCAGUGUUCUGUUCCCAGCUCUGAUGCCGCAGAACAUUUACCCCGUGUCCCUCUUCUCAGCUCUGACACCACAGAGCCUUGCCUGUCCCUCUUAUUUUUUUACCUGACCCUCUUAUUUUCAGGCUUGACUUGUUUUCCUACCUCCCUUUCCUGGAGGGCCACAAUUUGAGUCUUCUUGCUUACAACUAGCUUGUUUGUUGACCGGGUAUAUUUAUUAUUUGCAGCUCCUUUGUACUGCCAUUUAUGGGCAGUGCUCUCCUUCCCCUAACAGCUAGGUAAUUUGCAUCCACACAGAGGCUUUCUGGCUUGCUUUUGGAUCCAAAGCUAUUAGCAGCUCAGAGACUCUGCCUUAAAAGGGACACAAUUAACUUCCACCAGAGUUCCGAUUACUUUUCACUUUUAACUCCUGCUUCUAAAACACACAGCCAUCUGAAAAAGAAAACACAACCUAUUGUGGCUCCCUUUGGAGCCCUAAUAGAAUUUUAACUAAGUAGCAUGUUUUGUUUGCAUUUCUUCUACAACAUACACUGCACAUGUUCUAGGAAAAUGCACACCCCUCCACAGUUCAACUCUACAACAUUAUAUUAGCCACACAAGGUGUAACUGUCUCCCCCAUGCCCACAGAUUUCUCCUGCACCCACACCAAAGUGACAGUCCGAUCACCCAGAGCCACCCCAAGGCUCAGUGUUCCCUUCAUUCCUCCCCUUUUUUCCUGUGCGGGCACACAAAAAAAAUCCAAAAUAUCUCCCUCAGCCCGUGGCCCCAGCCGCCUCCCACCACAGCCACGACUUUGUCUUUAUUUAAAAACAUAUUAAACAUUGAGGUACCUUAAGGGUUAAAUGCUAAAUAUCAAAGCCAAACAACACUAGUUACCUGUGUCUGGCAAAAAGUGUCUGUCAGUUUUGCAACUUUGAAUGAGAGAUUCAAAUAGAUUUAGUGCCAUUGUUUGUUUUUUCUUUAUUUAAAAAAAAACCUCAAAAACCAAUUAUCUUAAACCUACAAACAGGAUUUUACAAACCAUGAGUAUUGGUUUAGUCCUUAAAACCUCACAUAACUAUACAAAGAUUCACAUGCAAAAAUUCUCUUUUACUCAACACCCCUUGCACUGCUUCUAUUACUUUUUACACAGCUGUACCCAGAUUACAUUCCCAUCUUGUACAAUCGGAGACAGUCAAGUUUUAGUGGAAACCCCUUACAUUCCUUUGGUGAUUUUGAUUAAUUCGUCCUAUAGUCAAAUAAUAUAGAUCAGAGUAUCUGGCUGCCUGCAGCAGUCCUUUACAGACCAUUUCUGUGGGAAAAGGGCCCGUUUUCCCACAGAAUAGCUAUAAAGGCUCCUGGGGACAAAAACAUAGUAGUGGUCAGGGCUGUCCUUAGGAUUUAUUGGGCCCUAUGCCGUGUUAUUAAACUGGUGCCCCUGUGUCCGACGGCAGCCUGGGCUGGCAGCCUGGCGGAGGAGGGAUGAGGCAGCAAGGAUACCGAGCCACCCAGCCCACCUCACAGUGGCAGAGAGUGUCAGUUCCUCGCAGAGACCCCCGUACCCUCUCCCUCAUACAGAAUGCGUGGUGCUGGCACAUUCGGCUCUGCGAAUACGGCCCCUGCCUACGGAGACUGUAGUGCGCACUGGCUGUGCAGGAGCCAGUCCCCUCUUACCUGGGCUCAUGGGCAGUGGGUGAAGCUGCCACUUGGGGAGGCUACCUCCUCAGCCCACCUGUGACCCUGUACAUAUGCUACCCCUGCUCUGCUCCAGGCCCCCCCCCCACGCUGCCCAGGCCCCGCCUGCUCCCCACUGUCCCCCUCCUCUCUUCCCUCCCCCUCCCUGAUCACCCUCUUCUAGCCAAAUCCCUGAACCCAAAUGACUAUAAAGAAAUUGCAGAAGUGGUGUCUUUUUUUUUUUUCUUCAAAAGAAAAUAGAGCAUAUUUUCCAUUGCAUGCCAGCUGCUGAAGACUGGACAUGCAGAAGGUACCCAAUUAAAAGCACUAAACUUGGGAAUAAAAAAUGUCAGUCAUUUUUUUUUUUAUACAGCCUGAAGUUUGUCAGAUUUAUUUGCAAAAACUUUCUAGUAAGGGUCAGUCAGCUGUCCUGCUGAAUACAACAUUAAAUAUUAUGGAAGACAUGAUGCAGCUCUUCUCUGUUUUACAUUUUCUUAAUCGGUAUUUCUAAGCUGAUUUUAUAUUUUAAAUGUACUCUUAUAUUUUAAAUUUAGCCUUCAUAAAGUAAUCAUUCAAGAUUACUACAUAUCUAACUCACUGAAACAAAGACAUUAUUUCAAAUUAAUCAGUCACAGGGGUUUAGUGUGUUCGUAACAAUGUUCAUUGCUUUUUAGAAAAAGGAAACACUAAUUUACAUUGUGUGAUCUCUAUAACAAUAGACAUGUUUAUGAAAUUUCACCAACUUAAAAAAAAUGUUUCCAAAGAUUUUAGGCAUAACAAAGAAUUUUAUGCCUUACUAAGGUACUGAUUUUGCUGGAGGCUUCUCUUAAAGCUAGUUCAUCAAAUAGUCAGAAGUAAAGAAAGUUGGACAAACGAGUUGCCCUAUCUGGAAGGAAAGGGGUGUUGUCCCUUUAAAGGCUCUCCAACUGGGGGGAGGGGAGAGGUGGUUGAAGGGAGAAAGAGAAGGACCGAAAGGACAGGAAGACUUUGGGAGAAAUUUUUUGUACUAUAGUAACUAAAAUUAAAAUGUGUAUUUUAGGUAAGGGUGGUCUUUUGAAGGAUUUAUUUAAAAAACUAUGUCUGAAGAUCCAAGCAUUUAAGGCUAAAGAUGAAUACUCAGAUUAUGACAGGUUUCAGAGUAACAGCCGUGUUAGUCUGUAUUCGCAAAAAGAAAAGGAGUACUUGUGGCACCUUAGAGACUAACCAAUUUAUUUGAGCAUAAGCUUUCGUGAGCUACAGCUCACUUCAUCGGAUGCAUGCAGUGGAAAAUACAGUAGGGAGAUUUAUAU